AUGGCCGAGAUCGAUCAUGAAGUCGUGAUUGAUGCAGAGGACACCGAUCACAGUGAAUCCGAACUGGAGAGCGUGGCAUCUUCGACUACCAGUCUCAGUGCCUCCAUUCUCGAAUACCGAGUUGAAAACGGCCGGACGUAUCAUCGUUACAAGGACGGCAAAUAUGUCAUGCCCAACGAUGAAACAGAGUGGGAAAGACUAGUCGAUCUAGACUUUCAGCAUGAAAUCACUGUUUACACGCUGGAUGGCAGACUCGGUGUGGCGCCGCCAAAUGAUGUGGGCUCAAAGGUCGGACGAGUGCUUGACCUUGGAUGUGGAACUGGUAGCUGGGCCAUGGACUUUGGUGACUUGCAUCCUGAAUCAGAGGUAUACGGCGUUGACCUCACGCCUGUACGGGCUGACUUUGUGCCUCCGAAUGUCAAGUUCGAGGUUGACGAUCUCGAGGAAGAUUGGACUUACACACAGCCUUUCGAUUACAUCCACAGCAGAUUCAUGAGCGCAGCUAUUGACGACUGGGAUAAGUAUAUCAAGCAAUGCUAUGAUAACCUGGCGCCUGGGGGAUAUCUCGAACUCCACGAAGCCGAGCUCAUGGCCAAAUCCGACGAUGGCCUCUUGCCCGAAGACGCCGCGGUCAUCAAAUGGGUCAAACUUUUGAAUGAAGCUUCUGAAAGGACGGGUCGCGUUUUUGUUUCGGCACCUCCCAUGAAGACGAAAAUGCUCGAGGCUGGUUUCGUUGACGUCGAGCUCCGCAUGUACAAGUGGCCUCACAACUCCUGGCCGAAGGAUGAGAGAUACAAGAAGCUCGGGGCGUGGACGCUGGAGAACUUCGGUUCUGCACUCGAAGCCACAUGCAUGGCAGCCUUCACUCGCGUGCUCGGGUGGACGCGCGAUGAGGUCAACGUCUUCCUGAUUGAUGUUCGCAAUGACCUUAAGAACAAGAGCUAUCAUUCAUACUGUCCGGUCUACUGCAUCACUGGUCGCAAGCCGGAGAAGGAAAAGGCCCCGCCCGUUCCUCAGGAGGAGACAGAGGCAGAGGAGGGUGCGUAA